UAUACCUAAUCUUAUAUCUCCUGGGUUUGGCACCAUCAUUAUUGUUUAUUCUUAUUCUCUAAAAGCAGAAUCUUCUGAUGGCUCCCUUAGGUGAAGUUGGGAACUAUUUCGGUGUGCAGGAUGCAGUACCCUUUGGGAAUGUGCCCGUUUUGCCGGUGGAUAGUCCGGUUUUGUUAAGUGACCACCUGGGUCAGUCUGAGGCAGGUGGGCUACCCAGGGGGCCUGCAGUCACGGACUUGGACCAUUUAAAGGGGAUCCUCAGGCGGAGGCAGCUAUACUGCAGGACUGGAUUUCAUUUAGAAAUCUUCCCCAAUGGUACUAUCCAGGGAACCAGGCAAGACCACAGCAGAUUUGGUAUACUGGAAUUUAUCAGUAUAGCAGUGGGCCUGGUCAGCAUUCGAGGAGUUGACAGUGGACUCUACCUUGGGAUGAAUGAGAAAGGAGAACUGUAUGGCUCGGAAAAAUUAACCCAGGAGUGUGUAUUCAGAGAGCAGUUUGAAGAAAACUGGUAUAACACAUAUUCAUCAAAUCUAUAUAAACACGUGGACACUGGAAGACGAUACUACGUUGCGUUAAAUAAAGAUGGGACUCCAAGAGAAGGGACUAGGACUAAACGGCAUCAAAAAUUUACACAUUUUUUACCUAGACCAGUGGACCCUGAGAAAGUACCUGAACUAUAUAAGGAUAUUUUAAGCCAAAGUUGACAAAGACAGUUCCUUCACUUGAGCCCUUAAAAAGUAACCACUAUAAAGGUUUCAUACGGUGGGUUCUUAUUGAUUAGCUGUGUCAUCACAUCAGCUCCACUGUUGCCAAACUUUGUCGCAUGCAUAAUGUAUGAUGGAGGCUUGGAGGGAACAUGCUGAUUUUGUUCUGCACUUAAAGGUUUG